AUGUUAAUCACACAAAAAAUCGAUACACCGGAAUAUCGAGCGCUGUUGACGCCACAUCUAUUGAAAUUAGCGGAAUUAUUUCAUGCUAGUCAAUAUGAAAUUCGAGUGGCCGGCGGAGCCGUACGAGAUAUUUUAAUGGGUAUUCUCCCUCAUGAUGUCGAUUUCGCAACAACAGCAACACCGGAUCAAAUGAAAGACAUGUUCACCAAAGCGCAAAUAAGAAUGAUCAAUUCAAAUGGUGAAAAACAUGGAACAAUAACUGCGCGUGUGGAUGAUACAGAAAACUUUGAGAUUACCACUCUACGAAUCGAUGUUACCACUGAUGGAAGACAUGCUGAAGUAGAAUAUACACAAGACUGGCAAUUGGACGCUAAUCGCCGCGAUCUUACUAUGAAUGCAUUGUUUCUCGAUUUGAAUGGAACAAUUUAUGAUUAUUUCAAUGGCAUCGAAGAUCUUCACAACCGAUGCGUACGUUUCGUCGGUGAUGCCGAACAGCGUAUUCGAGAAGAUUACUUGCGUAUUCUUCGCUAUUUUCGAUUUUUUGGUCGUUUUGCACCGGAUAAUGCGGCGCACGACGAACAAACAUUGAAAGCGAUUCGAGACAAUGGUCAUGGAUUGAAAGAUAUCGCUGGUGAACGAUUGUGGAUUGAGUUGAGACGUAUCGCUACCGGUCGAAACGCUGGUCCUGUUCUGAAAGUAAUGCUUGAACAAGGUAUCGGUCAGUACCUAGGUAUUCCAUCAAAUGUCGACCUCAUUCAGUUGGAAGACCAUUGGCGGCAGUGUUAUCAAGCUACGCCACAUGAAAUGACUAUUUUAACCAAACUUUUUUGUGAUAUCAACGAACUGGGCGAAUUCGAUCAACGUAUGAAAUAUUCCAAUGACUGUCGCCGUUUGUCUCAAUUGCUUGUUACUUAUCGUGAUUCCAUCUCUCUUCUCGAUCCGUCUUCAAAUGAUCGACUGAAACCAUACAAAGACUUAAUGAUCGACUUGAUUAUGAAUGAUCCAAUGGUGAAAGAACGAAUCGUUGAGUUAUUAAAAUAUCAACAUCAUUUAGCGGAAGCCCAACAGUUUUCCGAAUGGAAUAUGCCACGUUUUCCUGUCACUGGUACUACACUUACCUCCAAAGGUAUCAAGCAAGGACCGAAUUUCAGAUUGAUCUUGAAUGCGUUGAGAGACAGCUGGAAACAGUCACAUUUUCAAGCUACAGAAGAACAAUUAAUCGACGAAGUUCUACCACAUGUUUUAGAAGCAUUAGAAAAUGCGGAUACAACUGGUUCCAAACAGAAAAAAACAAAAAGAUAA